AUGGACGACCCCAAGGAUUCUGAUAAUGACUUUUCUGACGAAAAUGACUCUUGUCCUUAUGAUUCAUCUUCCAUGGGGCGACCCAUGAGACCGCCAAUGAGGCCCCAAGGUCCUCCAGGUCAAUUUAGACCUAAUAACAGACUUCCUUUUCCUCCCACGUAUCGCGGUCCGAUGACUAGGUGUCCUCCCAGGGGUAUGCCUAUGCCUAUGCCUGGAAACCGCUCUCCCACUUUCUGUUCAUUUGAUUACAGUUCAAACAUGAGAGGAGGCCCUCCAAACAUGAUGCCAUAUCGCCCAGGGCCACCUGGUCCUCCUGGCCCUCCCCGUCCCCCAUUUGAUGCCUAUGGCCCAUCCUCAAAUCAGCAAAUGAUGUAUCGUGGACCACCCCCUCAUGGCAUCCCUCCUCGUUUCCCUCCUGGUGUUCCCUAUCCAAUGAGCGGAUUUCCUAUGCCCCCCAUGCCUCCUCUCUCGGAUGAUGCCAAGCUAGAGGACGAAGAAAGUAUCGAAAAUGAAGAGAGUGAUUCUGAAGAUAAAGAUGAUAGAAAAGAACGAGUACAAGAUGAUAAUAGGCCACUUGAUGAGGGUCAAAUGAUGACCGGAGCACCCGGUUAUCCGCCGGGAAUUAUGCAAAUGGGCUACCGUAUUCGCGGCCCUCCUCCUCAUCCCAUGCAUCCGCACAUGAAUGAAGGCCCUCCUGGCGCCUCAUUUAGAGGCCCUAUGCCAAUUCCAUCUUCUGGGCCACCUAAUUCCAUGGGAGGUCCGCCAAAUUCUCUUGGACCUCCUCCCCCGUAUCCCUUUCCGGGUCCGCAAAGCAGAUCAAGCGAAGGUAGCGUCUGGUUGAUUUAUCUCACAUUUGCUUUAAUUUUAUCAUCAAAAUGCAUUGUCUCUUUAUUAUAG